GUUUGUGUCUCGGUCUUCCUUUAAGAGUUUCCAAUGAUCAAUGUGCAUAGAUAUGACCUACUACACAAUCACUUUUCCCUACCAUGCUCAUGAAAAUGAGCCAAGCAGCUGGCAACGACGGACAAGCUGUCCCAGAGGGUGAGCCUGAGCACGUGAGCGUGCACACUGAAGCGUCAAGCUUCACACCCCAGCAGGCCUCUGAGCAGGGGGUUCCAGGCGCGGACCCGAUUCCUGAAGCUGUCCCUAUCAUUCAGCCGCAACUCGCGGCUAACUUCAUGAACUUUCUCCAGCAGAUGGCUGGAGCAUACGAUCAGCGUGGCGACCUCGCAGUUGCCUUACUUCAGGAUUCCGCCUACGACUGGUGGAAGCGUGUAGGAGCGGACGUUCCGGAGCCCGUGCAGUGGGCCACUUUUGACCGACUCUUUCAUGAGGAGUACAUCCCGGAGCACUUUGUCGAGGCAAAGCGAGAGGAGUUUUUGAAGUUCACCCAGGGUGAACUCACGCUGCCUGAGUAUCGUCAGAAGUUCGACGAGCUCGCGGGGUUUGGGCAAGACCUCGUACCGACGGUGGAAAAACGGUGCCAACGUUUCGUGGAGGGCUUACGUCCUGACCUUUCAACUCAUCUGAUUAUUGCUCCACGGAGUGACAUCAAUAAGUUGUACAAGAAUGCGUUGGACCUGAAUGCGGCUCUCAUCAGGAAGGCUGAAAUCGAGCAGGCGCAGGGGGUAUCAGCAGCGCCAUCCCGUCCUCCUCCACCUCAGAAGGCGGGGACCAGCAGCAAGAGGUCCUUUGCAGCACCGAGCAGCUCUCACCAGAGCAAGAAGGUGAAGUCAGCCCCAGCUCAAUCGUCCGCGUCCGUGCAAAAGAAGGGCAAGAGCGGAGAUGGGUUCCGCAACCCGAUUUGCGACCAUUGUGGGCGCAGGCACCCAGGGGAGUGUUGGUACACUUUGGGAUUGUGCCUUGGGUGUGGCCAAGCCGGGCAUUUCCGGAAGGAUUGUCCGAAGAAUCCAGGAGAAGCAUUCUCGACCGCACCGGCCGCUUCAGCCCCAGCAGCACAGCCCGCCCAGAGCCAUAAGUCAGCGGCAGCAUCCAGUCAGCCCAGGCGGCAAGCAUUAGGCGCUCAAGGGGGGAAGGCCCCAGCCCGCACUUACGCGAUGCGAGGGCGUACCGAGCAGCCAGCCCAUGACGUCAUCAUGGGUAUGUUUACCUUAUUCGAUACAUCUAUUACAGCUUUGAUUGAUCCGGGUUCCACUCUAUCAUAUGUCUGUAUGCCUAUGCCUGUUAUGCCUAACCUUCCGAGGGAAAAUUUAGACAAUCCGGUAAUAGUGUCCAACCCAUUGGGACACAGUCUACGACUCACCCAUGUGUAUCACGAUUGCCCAUUAGUGGUCCAGGGAAAGAUUUUCCCUGCGAGUCUCAUUGAGCUUCCACAUCGUGAGUUUGACGUUAUUCUAGGCAUGGAUUGGCUCACCGCCAACCAAGCCGUUGUUAACUGUGGAGCUCAUACUGUUCGACUGAGAGUUGAAGACGGUAGUGACGUACUGAUCCAUGGUGAGCUUCUUCCGAAAGCUCCAGAAUUCAUUUCCUACAUUCAUGCUCGUCGACUCAUUCGCAAGAAGUGUGAAGCAUUCUUGUGCACAGUGCGUGACACUCGUCAGGAAGCGCCUAGUAGGGGGGACAUCCCUACGCCUACAUUACAGCAACAGAUAGCCUCAGCCCAGAGCAGCGAUGAUUUCUGUAUCCAGACCAUUGAGCUCGUCUCUCGAGGAGAGAAGCCGGAUUUUGCAGUUCGGGAUGUCACACUUGAUGAGAAUCUUACAUACGAGGAGGAGCCGGUUGAGAUUUUGGCUCGCGAAGUCCGUCAGUUGAGGAACAAAACCAUUCCGCUGGUCAAGAAAAUGAGCCAAGCAGCUGGCAACGACGGACAAGCUGUCCCAGAGGGUGAGCCUGAGCACGAUUCCGCCUACGACUGGUGGAAGCGUGUAGGAGCGGACGUUCCGGAGCCCGUGCAGUGGGCCACUUUUGACCGACUCUUUCAUGAGGAGUACAUCCCGGAGCACUCUGUCAGGGCGAAGCGAGAGGAGUUUUUGAAGUUCACCCAGGGUGAACUCACGCUGCCUGAGUAUCGUCAGAAGUUCGACGAGGACCUGGGAGGCGAAGUUUCACAAGAUCCCGAUGUCUAGCAGCGUGAAGCCUGUUGAGAGAGACCCAAUUCGGAGACAUGUUUACAGGAGAGUGACAAUUAUAAAGAGAAAAGAACUGGUCUGACUUUACAAAUAUAUGGAAAGCAUCGUGAAAGAAGUGGGGGGGGUCAUUUGGCAGUUUGAUUUUUUCAUGCCCGAUAAACUGAAAGUGCGUAG